UGUAUGAUGAACCGGGUCAGACAAUACAAAGAGGAUACGCCAAAAUAAUCACCUUAAAUGUUAAAGGAGGAGGUUCAAUUCAGCCGGGCAGAGUGAUACCGAUAUUGGCCUAAAUGUGGCGCUCCCUGCUACCUGCAACGACCCUCUGAUAUAUGGUUGUUGAUAUCCAAUGAACUACAUUCACCAGAGUGUUUGAGAGGUGCCUUUCGAAUUUCUCAGCAGGGAAUCGACAGAGUCCAUUUUAGAUUCCUGUUUUAUACCGCAGGGCUAUAUUUAUCUGAGGAUACCUUUGGAAGAAAAUGCGGCCGUACAGGAAGCUGAUCAUGACUGGAAAACAACAUUUUACCCGCUUUUCCCUUUAAAACAGACAAUGCCACUGAUGCCAACAGUGCUUUGUUUUACUGAGAAUCUUGUAAGGAGAAAUAACGGCGACAACGGAAGCCUUUUUGGACUGAAAAACAACAUUUCACCAGCCCGUUAAAGCAGACGAUGGGACCAAGGAAACAAACCGUGGAUUCCACGGUCGUCGUGGAAGAUGUUGUUGCAGAGGAGACGAAUACGAAAAAGAAGAAGAAGAAUAAAGUGGAAUUUGAGGACUUGGCUUUUGAUGGGAGGUUUUUGUUUCCCAAAGGAACUCUAAAGCUUGCCCAAACGAUGUUGAAUAUCACAUGCAUAAGCCUGGCAGCAACACACUGGCACUGCCAAGUCCACACGACGAACAACGACGUCCGGGUACUUUCUUUCUCGAUGUUGAACUACACGCGGCAAAACGACCUUGAACUUUGCAUGUCUUCUGGCCAGCUGGCCUUGGCGUUCUCGGUGAUGUAUCUACCAACCACAGUCAUACUCUUCCUCGCCUCCCUGUUAUCAAUCCCGGAGAAGUUCGGGGGAAAGGAAAUAUGGUUGUUUAUUGAUUUGGUCCAUGACGUCAUAGCCACACUGUUCCUCCUAAUUUCGAUCAUUUUGGCCUGUGUUACUAUAACUGGUGGGACGUAUGCUGGUAUGACGUCAUUCUUAGUGAGCAUGCUCUUUGUGAAUAUGGUCGUAUACAUUAUCAGUGCUGUGCUAACUGUAAUCGAAAUCAUUGGCGGGAUCGAAACGAGACGAAAAGAACCUAGGAGAAACAGCGCGCCUCCUAGCGGACAGAGACAGAGGCAGAAUGAGCCUGCAAUUAUAGCAAGAGGAGCGGGUGAUCCGCACGAUGAUGUCAUAAUCAUCCCUGUCCCCAGGUUGAAACAAAGUCCUGGCAAAGACAAAGAACAGAGAAGACAAAGGGGAAAAUCACAUUCGUAAUAUAUCAUUAUAAAAUGGACGGGAAGCAGUAAAGCGUUGUAACUAGUAGUCCUGGGUGAUGCCGGUUGAUCAUUUCUGGGGAAAUAUUUGAAAAAUGCAUUUUGAGCAGCAAAACAUUGCCACCUGCUUCCUUCAAAUCGUGGAGUGAUAUGCAGUCCAUGAAUUAUAACACGAAACUCUUUGACAUGUAAUAUUUUAUUAAACGUGACGAAUAACACAUGUUUCUAUUACGUAGACCA